AGACUUCUACCUAAUCCUAAUAAAGAUCAUAUCAUCUCUCCUUUGUAUCCUAUGUUAUUCAAAGUGUUAUUGGGUAUCCUUUAAUGGAGAACGACUCCUAUGUUCACUCUUCUUCUGCUAGUUUCUCCAAUAAUGACACUCCAAUUUCACCUACAUCACCCGAUAUUUGUUCUAAGUUGCAAAUAUCACCCGGUAAGACCAAAUAUUGGAUUCCCAAUUGUAAUGAUGAUGUGAAGCCGUAUAUUGGUCAGAUUUUUAAAAGUUUGAAGGAGGGUAUUGCAUAUUAUAAGGAGUAUGCUGCAAUUACUGGUUUUGGUAUUCGCCUCGGUACUUCUUCAAAAGCUAGGGAUGGUACAUUAAAGUUGAAGUAUGUCGUUUGUAGUAGAGCGGGGUUCAAAGAGAAUGUAAAUAGCCAAACACCUCAAAAUGGAAAUAGUCAAACACCUAUAAACUACCCGGUGGCAGAACAAAGCAACCAACCUGAGGAUCCCAAUCCAAAAAAGAGAUGCCGGUUAUCCAAUAGAGUUGGAUGUAAAGCGCGCAUUGCUUUCAAAUUUUGUGGCCUGCGUGGAUACUCAGUGUUUGGCUUUGAAGAGCGUCAUAAUCAUCCUAUGACAUCUAAUUUAGCGAAACCAUUUUUGAAGGUGAAUAGGAGUUUGGAUAUUGGCCACCAAAAGUUCAUUGUGAACUGUACAAAGGCUAAUAUUGGCACCAUUAAAUGUUAUAGAUUAUAUAAGGAAUCCGUUGGUGGAUAUUCUAAUAUCGGUGCAACGUCCGUUGACUUUAAAAACUUUAAAAGGGAUUUGAAGGCAUACAUUGCUGGUGUGGAUGCACAUAUGCUAAUUGAGAAGUUGUUUAGAAAAAAAGAAGUUUGUUCCGCCUUUUUUUUUAAUUAUGACGUAGAUGAAAAUGACCAAUUGACUAGGCUUUUCUGGUGCGACCCGACUGCUAGGGUUAACUAUACCAUGUUUGGUGAUGUUGUUUCGUUUGAUGCAACAUAUGGCACAAACAGGUACAAUAUGGUUUUUGCUCCAUUCACAGGUGUUGACAAUCACAAGAAAUGUGUCACUUUCGCAGCUGGGCUAUUGUUAAAGGAGGACGUGGAAUCAUAUGUGUGGAUUUUUAGACAAUUUCUUGAUGCAAUGGGUCGUGAACCAAUUUGUGUCAUCACGGAUCAAGACCCAUCCAUGAAAAUUGCAUUCACUAAGGUGUUUACAACAUCUGCCCAUCACUUUUGCAUGUGGCAUAUAAUGUCUAAAGUCUCAUCCAAGGUCGGCCCUGUUUUGAGUAAGAACUCUGAAUUCAUGUCUAAGCUAAACUAUGUUGUGUGGAGCCACUAUCUAGAACCUGAUGUGUUUGAGAAAAAAUGGACCUCCAUAAUGGAGGAAUUUGGAUUGCAAAAUCAUGUUUGGUUUUCAAACAUGUAUGAGAUCCGCAAGGAUUGGAUUCAUUCUUAUUUUAGGGAUUUGUACAUGGCGGGAUUACUUCGUACAACAUCCAGAUCUGAGAGCGAGAACAACUUUUUUGGUGAAUUUUCCAAUCCUCACUUUAGCCUGGUUGAAUUCUACAUGCAAUUUGAGAGUGCCAUGGAUGCACAACGGCACUCUAAUGCAAAACUAAAUGCUGAUUGUGAGUCUUACUUUCCAACAUACAAGACGCCACUAGCUAUCGAACGAUAUGCCGCAACAGUAUACACACUCACUAUUUUUUCAGAUGUGCAGUCUGAGAUUUGUUCCGCGUGUUUUUCAUGUCGUGUUACAAGCCUACGUGAGAACGAAGAUUGUUUGGAGUAUUUGAUCUCUGAUGAACGUGGUUUGAGAUUUACUGUUCAUUGUAAAUCGGAUGCCACUAAUUUGACGUGCAGCUGCAAAUAUUUUCUACGUCUAGGUUUGGUUUGCAGGCAUAUGUUCGUUGUGCUCAAAGAUUUCAAAUCUGAAUGCAUCCCAGCUGAUCUCUUAAACACACGCUGGUUUAAGAGAGGGUGUAUAAAACCAUUGUUUGAUAUCGGUGAUGCAGUGGUUCAAAGUGCAGCCUUGGAGGAAAAGAAGUUUGUUGUUAAUCAAUUGUGGUCUGAUAUUCAUUCAUGUGUUGCAAUGGUAGAAAAUGAUCCUUCUCUGUUGCGACAGUUUGCAUCACUGAUCACACAAAACAAGGAAAUUAUUGCAUCUACAAUGCAAGAUGCACAAUCUUUAACCAACAAAACUAGUGUAAUUCAGUCCUUUUUUGGCUCCUCCGCACCCACUUCAGUGAAUGUUCUUCAACCUCCUCAAGCACACAACAAAGGUUCGGGUAAGAGAAUUAAAGGUGCUAAAGAGUUGGCUGUUGCUCAGAGCCAAC